AUGGGACGCCCAGCCGCCUCACGCCCACACGCCCAUCUGCCCCUCUGCCCAUGCCCAUGCCCGGCCCUCCAGCUCCAGCCCGCGACAAACACCACCACCACCACCACCUCCCAGCCGCCUCAGGGGCGCCAGGCCAGCCAGCCAGCCAGAGCCCGGCCAGACUGGCGACGGCGGCGGGCGGCGAGUCAGCAGAGGCGCCGAAGAAUUUCUCGAAGCCCAGCUCAGACCACAGUGCGCAGCCGGGCGGGCACGGGCGUGGGCAGUGGGCAGUGGGCAAUGGGUCAGGCUGCUGGAGCAUCCAUGGGCUCCAGUGAUGAGAUCAUUGGCGCUGCAUGCCCACCCGGCCUGUACCUACUGUGCCUGUCCAAGUACGCACCACACAUCCCACCAUCCGCCGACAUGCUACAUACUGUGCCAUCACAUUGCCGCCCGUCUUGUGCGCUGCUGCAACCGGCCCGCCACCAACGUCCAAAAAAGGGCGGUGUAUGGGCCUGUAUGGCCCUCGACGGCCCUCGCUGCGACACUGCACGCCGGCCGGUCACGCGGCGACGCGCAUCCGACCUGCGUCGCUCACUCAGUCGCGAUGCCAUGCACAUUGCUACCCUACUCCUCUACUUACACGACGACGAUCCCGGUUGCCGUCAGCACUCCAACUGCAAACGCACGAGUCGCGCCGCUCGGCUGGUCGACGACGACGGCGGCGACGACGACGACGACGACGACGCAGCGCGUUUCGUGUCCCUCAGAUCGCGGCCUGGCUCCCUGUCUGCGCCGCCUUCAUUUGCUGCCCCAGCUACCCAUCGCACCCACAUCCCUGCUCCCUCUCAGCCUGCCCUUUGGCCAUUGCCAUCUCUGCCUUUUUUUGUCCUGACUUACUCUAGAGCCCUAUUAGCUGGAUGUGUCUACAUGGUACAAUCCGUCAUUGCCCCUCGGCCGCCAUCAAAUCAGCCCUGGCAUUUGCUCCCAUUUUUGCAAACCCCCACCGUCAGCUGA